ACAAGUUUUUUUCUGGGCGCUAUGUCAUUCAAACAGUUCCUGAUUCCUAUCUGGCGAUCUCCACUACUGCAGAAAAAAACAUCUACAUUGUUGUCAACGAUUUGGACCAGCUGACGGCUCAGAUAGGUGUCAUUAGGCUUGUUAAAGGUGUGUUGUGUUGAAAUGGUGGAACGUGUUUAGCGGAUGCAUCAUCAUUAAAUGCAGUCAAAUCUAAAACCCGGCUGGCCCUCGUCGUGCAACUCGGAAAAUAUAAACGGGGACGUGGAUAACACCAUGGACGCCCCUCAGUAUACAGGCUACCCUUCACAUUACUGGUACCCCCAGUCCCAUUCAACAGGACACUAUGCAAAUACUUACCCUUCAGGAUCAGAAGUCCAGCCACAGUACAGUCCACAGGUAAUGCCUGGAGGUUAUCCAAAUGGCCAUGGUGUCUACAGCCCAGCGCAGAGUCAGUAUUCAACAAGUGGUUUCCACCCGUCCAACCCUUUCUACUGCGCUGACCCCCAGAGACCAGCGCCAGGCCCUUAUCCUAACCAAGGCUGUCCAGCCGAGCAGAGCGGUGGGCCGUCUGGGCAGCCACACUCUCAACACCAACAUCAUCAUUAUCCUGGCCCACACUGUCAGGGGGGUCCGGGAUAUCCUACUGGACCCUACCCUCACUACAGUGAAGGUGGUCACGCAAUGCCUCCAAACCCACCCUACCCCACCGGUCAGCCUCUCCACACAAGCCCCCAGAGUGAUGGAUGGACGCACUCAGGUGCAUAUGCCCCCCCCUCACAGCAGCAGUGGCAGCCAGGCCAGCAGCCUCCACAGAACCACUACGGAAACUCUGUACGCCCAGCCCACCCACCAGCUUGGCCUGGGACUGGGAGUGGGGCUCCACCACCUUAUCAACCCAAGGACCAACAGCACCAGCGUCCCCCACUAGUGGGACCUAAACCCAGACCACCUCCUUCAUCAAAUCAACCCAACGGAAAGCCUGCUGAAAUCAGUUCACCUCCACAAAUGUACAACAAAACUGGAAGAGGGGAGCCUAAUCCUUCACAAGGUGAGCCUCCUCCCUCUGCCCCAGUCCAAGCUCCAGCUCCAGGCCCAGCUGGACCUCAGCCUCUGAGCCAGAACCCUGGCCUAGCAAAGGUCCAACAGGUGAUGUCCAGAAUGCUGCUGCUUCAGGAAGAUGUGGACGAGUUUGUUGGGAAAAAGUCAGAUAAGAGUUAUCGCUAUCUGGAGGAACUGCUGACCAAAGAGCUGCUGGUGCUGGACUCUGUGGAGACUCAGGGACAGGAUAACGUUCGGCAAGCCCGGAAGGAUGCCGUGCAGAGGAUCCAGGCCAUCCUGGACCAGCUGGAGAAGAAAGCUUUCUAAACUGGACUUAUUUAUUGGUUUGUGGGUCACUAAGUUUCUGUUUUCUUCUUCCAGAUCUUUCAUGGACAUAAUGAGGGUCUUGUCUUGUUCCUCAAAGCGUUCUCUUUGGGUUUUUUCCAUCAACAUAUAAAACACCUAAAGAAAGAACCUAAGAACAUAAACAAGGAAUUACUGAUACCUGGAACAUUUUAAAGCCUAACUAUGCUGGUAUAAAUGAUGUGCUGGUGUGAGAAGUGCAGUCUGAUGGUUGGUCAUAUCAUACACGUCUGACAGCCUCAGUGAGUGACUGUGCUGGCCACACAACCUGACACUUCAGCUCUGCUCAUCGUUUUAUGUCAUGCCUUUUCCAGCAUAAUGCAGGGCAGAGUCUCUGGAAGACAGAUUUAUUUAGUGCCACAUAACAACCAGUAGUGGUCUCAAAAGAUCCAGGUUAUCUUCAUGCAAUCCCUCGGGAUUGUAGGUCGGUUUUAGUCUGACCCUACAUCCAACUCAUGCACUUCGUUAGCCGUCUACUAACACAUUUCAGCCCAUUUGCAUGAACAACAUAUAGGCCCAUAAGUCACCAGCCCUCCUCAGCAGGAAGAAGUGCAACACCUUUCCUUUUCAAAUGUGCUUCAGCCCCGCAUGCACCGUAAUGUCAGACAAGCACUCGGUACAGUCGUGACAUUUCCGAGCUCAUAAUUGGGCUUAGAUCGUAGCAGAUUAGUAAAAACCCCCUAAAGAUUGCUGUCCCAUUUAUUCCAUCUUUUGGAUGAAACUGCCUCCUAAGUGCAGACCUAGAAUCAGACCUACAUAUGAAUGCUGUGUAUUUCUCUAUAGGAACUACUGUUAUUACAGGUAUAUAGGAUAAAGGUUUAAAUUAAAUGAAAAGCUGGUUAAUUAAGUUAUUUAUAUCCCUUUUUGAACACUUAGAAUAUAUCUAAGAUAAAGAGAGAGAAUCAUAUUUUUCAGAAUUAAGUGUUCAAUCAGUUGCUGUAAAUGAUGAAGGAAAAAAAAUGUUCUUUGGUGUUUUCAUGUAUGUAUGUAGGUCACAGCACGUGGAAGAAUUGUUUGAUUUGUUUCUGUUUUCUCUAGCACUAAUGUCAUUGUUUCUUUAAAUCCAUGUUUGCAUCACAAUCCAUUUUCUUGUGUAGAGCAAGUCUUUUUUUUCAAUCAGUCUUGAUGUGUUGAUUAAGAAAAAAAGAGUGCCAUAUUUCAGGGGAUGGUUUUAUAUUAUUAGAAGAAAAAAAUAAAAUGAAGAUCACAAGCUUUGCAUGAAAAAUC